CCCAAAAUACAGUUUUUAUCCCUUUUUCCCUUCAAACUCACUUUCCUUGUUUCUGCAUCCAAGAUUCAUUCAACAAUGCGAACCCAAAUCGUUCACAAACUAUGGAAUCGAAGAAUCAAUGGAACCCCUUUGAAUAGUAAGAGAUUUUAUGGGUUAAUACCAAUGGUGAUUGAACAUUCUUCACGAGGAGAAAGGGCUUAUGAUAUAUUUUCAAGGCUUUUGAAGGAGAGAAUUAUAUGUAUUAAUGGACCAAUUAAUGAUGCUACUUCUCAUGUUGUUGUUGCUCAGCUUCUUUUUCUUGAAUCUGAGAACCCCUCUAAGCCUAUUCACAUGUAUCUCAAUUCUCCUGGUGGCGCCGUUACUGCUGGUCUUGCGAUCUAUGAUACAAUGCAGUAUAUUCGAUCUCCAAUUAAUACCAUAUGUCUAGGUCAAGCAGCUUCAAUGGGAUCCCUUCUCUUAGCUGCUGGCGCGAAGGGUGAGAGACGAUCUCUCCCUAAUGCUUCAAUCAUGAUUCAUCAGCCUUCAGGUGGAUAUAGCGGGCAGGCUAAGGAUUUGACUAUCCACACAAAACAGAUUGUUCGGGUGUGGGAUACUCUGAAUGACUUGUAUGCAAAGCAUACUGGACAACCACUUGACAUAAUUCAGAAGAAUAUGGAUAGGGAUUAUUUCAUGACACCUGAAGAGGCCAAGGAGUUUGGAAUAAUCGACGAGGUUAUAGAUGAAAGACCAAUGGCUUUAGUAACUGAUGCUAUUGCAAAUGAAACCAAAGAAAAAGGCUCAAGUUAGAGCGUUACUCCAUCGUUGUCUUUGUUAACGUUACCAUUGCUGACUAGUUCUCCAUUUUUCGAUCUACCUUCUUGUAUUUUGUUUCGAUGAGGUGAUUAUCUCAUUACUUUGUUUUAGUGAGUUUACAAGCUGGAAUGAUUUAAGGUAUUUUUAGAUAGAAAGCAUAUCGAUAAACUCUAAAUGCUUAAAGGUGAUGCUCUGAGCUCAGUUGAUCCCUUCAGUAACUUUUUUG